GAUCAGAUCAGACGUGGAGUGAGUCCGCAGCCUCAUCCUCGUCCUCCGGCCAGCACCAACGCGCCGAGCCCGGCCGGCCCCUAUUUCAAGCCACGGAUCCUCCGUUGCUGCUCACUUGCUCACCAUCCGCCGCCCCCAAGUCCCAACAACUUGCCAAUCCGCACCGCGAGAAACGGCGCCGCCCCGCCCCGCCCCGCCCCGCGACGUCGUGACGCGCGCGCACCCGCCCGCCCGAGUCAGUCCGUUCCCGUCGCGCCACCGGACAAGGCGACCCAACCGCCGCCCAUCUCCUAUCGUCAUCCGCCGAUCGAUCCCUCGGCUCCUGGUCUUCCUCCCACCUAGCUAGCCCGCCUCACCUCCCGGCUCCCUCCCCACACCAGAGCCCAAAACCCGUAGGCUAGCGCGCUCCGGCAGGGGCACUGCGAUUCGGGGUUGAUCCGACCUCUUAUCAGCCGAGGGGAGAAGGCAGGAGGAGAGCGGAGAGCGAGGAUGGACCACGCGGCGGAGGCGCAGCGGACGGACCUGAUGACGAUCACGCGGCACGUGCUCAACGAGCAGGGCCGCCACCCGGAGUCCCGCGGCGACUUCACCAUCCUCCUCUCCCACAUCGUCCUCGGAUGCAAGUUCGUCGCCUCCGCCGUCAACAAGGCCGGGCUCGCCAAGCUCGUCGGCCUCGCCGGGGAGACCAACGUCCAGGGUGAGGAGCAGAAGAAGCUCGAUGUGCUCUCCAACGAGGUCUUUGUCAAGGCGCUCGUCAGCAGCGGCCGCACCUGCGUUCUUGUGUCUGAAGAGAACGAGGAGGCCAUAUUCGUCGACCCGGCCCUCCGUGGGAAGUACUGCGUUUGUUUCGAUCCGCUGGAUGGCUCCUCCAACAUCGACUGUGGUGUCUCCAUCGGAACAAUCUUCGGGAUUUACAUGAUCAAAGAUAAGGACAAUGUGACUUUGGGUGAUGUACUACAACCUGGAACAAACAUGCUUGCUGCUGGCUACUGCAUGUACGGGAGUUCCUGCACGCUUGUGUUGAGCACUGGGAAUGGAGUCAAUGGUUUCACUCUUGAUCCUUCCCUUGGGGAGUUCAUUCUGACUCAUCCGAAUAUCAAGAUACCCAAGAAAGGGAAGAUUUAUUCUGUCAAUGAAGGGAAUGCCAAAAACUGGGAUGCGCCUACAGCAAAGUAUGUGGAGAAAUGCAAGUUUCCCCAGGAUGGUUCAUCGCCUAAAUCAUUGAGAUAUAUUGGAAGCAUGGUUGCUGAUGUCCACCGUACCUUGCUAUAUGGAGGCAUAUUUUUGUACCCAGCAGACCAGAAGAGCCCAAACGGAAAACUCCGUGUUCUGUAUGAAGUCUUCCCAAUGUCAUUCCUGAUGGAACAAGCUGGAGGUCAGGCUUUCACAGGAAAACAGCGGGCCCUUGAACUUGCUCCUGCUAAGCUUCAUGACAGAUCCCCAAUAUUCCUGGGGAGCUACGAUGAUGUUGAGGAGAUCAAAGCAUUGUACGCUUCAGAGUCAAGCACCGUUUGAUCUGUCUGCCUGAGUGCAUCAUUCUCCUGGGAGAAAAUUGUAACUGUAUUGAUCAGUUAUUUAUGUUCUGUUCUUGCCUUCUUGGCCUUAUAAUGUAAAAUAUUACACUAUACGGACACUGUACAAGUCAAUAAGCAACCGAGGCUUAUGUUUCACACACAUUUUA